AUGCCAGAAGAGCUCGCUGAAUGGCCACCUCUUCACGUUCACAAGCGCAAAUGUAACAGGGCACGCAACCGCACUUUGUGUUGUCUCCUCAUUAUCGUGCUACUGUUUUUAAUCGGGAAUGUCAUCUUCCUCAACGUUCGCAUCCUAUCCAUAAACACAGCCACACCUUCCAGCACGUCCGAUCUCUCCGCCAAUGCUCAACAGUGCUUGUCCCAAUACACCCUCAACGCACCUUCCAGCCCUUCCUCCUACCCAUGCUCAACUUGCUUGCCAAUCCUCCAGACCGCCCCCUCCAACUAUCUAUCUUCAAAUACACAGAACGCACAACAAAUCCUCAACGCUAUCCAGUUCUGUGGUCUACGCGCCAUAUUCGACACUACUAACUCACAAGGUCAAGCAUCCCUCGGUUGGGUGAACGACGUCAGAUUCUGUGCUUGGAACGGCGUUACAUGCGAUGGUUCCGGUAGAGUCGCAAAUCUACAAUUGACGUUCCCUGGAGUACCAGCAACAUUACCAAAUGAGCUCGGUGCGCUCACCGGCCUCGAGUCUUUCCAAGUCAUCGGUGGUAACAGCAUACCAGCUGGGGCGCUCCCUUCCUCAUUCGCCAACCUCACUAUCCUCUCCAAUCUCCAUAUCGAAGCAACUUCCAUAACACAACUCCCAGAUAAUAUCUUCUCCUCCCUCACAGCAAUCACAACACUCACCCUCAUCCGCAACCCCACAAUGGGUUCUUCCCUCCCCUCCUCCCUCACCCAACUCCCACUCCAGAACCUGGUAAUCAACUCCCAAUCCCUCACCAACCCCCUCCCAAGUCUCUCAUCCAGCCCCGCCCUCCAAGCGUCCCUCAAACUCCUCGACUUAUCAUCCACCUCCCUCACAGGCCCCAUUCCAAACACCAUCUCAUCCAUCUCAUCACUCACACAACUCUUACUGUCAAACAACAACCUCCAACCGCCCUUCCCGACAACCUUUCCACCGUCAUUACAGAUCCUCAACCUCCAGAAUAAUACGGCCCUCACUGGGACAGUUCCAAACUCGCUUUGCAAUAGCACGCUUCUUACGAGUUGUGAGUUGGGGAGUACAGGGUUGAGUGGAGGCUGUGGCUUGUGUCAGCUCUCUUGA